ACAAACACAUUUUAUAUACAAAAUCAUUAAAAAUGUGACUGCAAAUUUCAGAAACGGUAUAGCUUAUAAAUAUAAAAAAUGUUGUAGCUUGCUUAAUCGUACUUACCCAUAAGUAAUAAAAUUGGUCCAGAGUUCUCGCAUGAAGACUUUAACUCUCUUAUAUUUCUCAGAUAUCAUAUCUUCAUUAGUAUUUAAAUCUAAGACCGCAGCUGUUUGAGAGCAAUGCUUUGCUCCGCGAAUUUUAGUAUGCGGAAUAUAUGGAACGCUUUCGUCAACAAACUUAAAGUCAUAAAAAUAUAUUUGGUAAUUGCCAGCUUUAAGUUGAAGUCUAGCUGAUCUUACCAUACCAUAUUUUACAAUUACAUCUGAAAAGUAGUCUAUGUAAUUUAUGUAAUUCUUACUAGACACGGUUUCAUUGCCAAAAUAAUAACUCUUGAGUAUUUUAGCUAGUUUAAUUUUAUCAGCUUUGUUUAGACCUAUAUCUUGUGGGAUGAAUUCGAGAAAGUUUUUGUUCAUUCUAGCCACCCACCUUCCACAAUAAUCUCUACUUCUGAAACCUUCAAAAUGUGAAAUUCCAUAUAACAGUGGAAGUUUCUUAAAAUGUCCACUUUCUAGUAUUUCUGCAGGACUUUUACCUAAAAAGAUUUCGUUACCAAUAUCCUUCUCAACGCAUGGUGCAAACACCAGUGCAGAGUCAGGCCUCGAUAAAAGAGGGGCUGUGUGAGUAGCUAAAACAUCAUAUUGCGUGUCCAGAUAAAAUUCUUCCAAAGCAUCGAUAUCAUCAGUUUUAUUAAACCCCAUAGUUUUAGCAAACCAUUUAGCGUUUUCUAAAGGAUCAAUUUGAACUGAGAAAGUAUCAAGAUUUGAGCCGCUUUCUAUAAUUACUUUGUUAAACAAUCCAUCUGUCAUUUUUGAAAGUAAAAGGACAUCCACUGCUGCUGAACCGGCGCUAUAUCCAGCUAUUGUAACCUCUUGCGGAUUGCCACCAAAAUAAUUAAUAUUAUUUUGUAUCCAUUUUAGUGCUGCAACCAUAUCUUUCAUUCCAGCAUUUCCGGGAGCUGUAUUAGUACCGAGGCAUAAAAACCCUCGGGGUCCAAGACGAUAGUUGAAUGUUACCGCAAUUACUUUACCAGUGGAGACAAGUUUUCUUGGUGUCAAUCUAUUGCCUGAGCCAAUUUGAUAUCCACCUCCAUGCACAUAUACUACUAUUGAACGCAUUGCCUCCACCAACGUGGAAUACCACGUUUGACGCUACAGAGCAGAAUAUUCUAUGUCAACAACCCGUUGAAGUAGCAGCACCACCUUUCGGAUAUCAAGUAAAGGAACAAUGCUUAAUAGCUAACGUAUUUGUACCUGAAAAUAUAACAAAGGACUUACCAGUGGUGGUAUAUGUUCACGGUGGAGGAUACCAAAUUGGAUCAGGAAAUAGACUGACGCCAAGAAAGCUGGUUGGUACUGGAGAAGUCAUAUCAGUUACUUUUAACUAUCGACUUGGACCACAAGGGUUUUUAUGUCUAGGUACGGAUACAGCCCCUGGAAAUGCUGGAAUGAAAGACAUGAUUAAAUUAUUAAAAUGGGUACAAAAAGAUAUUCAUAAUUUUGGUGGUAACCCAAAUGAGGUUACGAUUGCUGGAUAUAGCGCUGGAUCAGCCGCUGUUGAUGUACUGUUACUUUCAAAAAUGACAAAUGGUUUGUUUAAUAAAGUAAUUUUAGAAAGUGGUUCAAAUCUAAAUGCUUUUAGUGUUCAAAUUGAUCCAUUAGAGAAUGCUAAAUGGUUUGCGAAGGAUUUGGGUUUCAACAACACAAAUGAUAUUUCUGCUUUGGAAAAUUUUUACCUGAAUAUAAAAUAUGACAUAUUAGCAUCGCAUACUGCGAUUCUAUUAACUAGACCCGAUGGUGUUAUGGUAUUUGCUCCAUGUGUGGAGAAAGAUCUUGGUCAAGAAAUGUUCUUAGAUAAGAGUCCCGCAGAAAUAUUAGAGAGUGGAAAUUUCAAGAAACUUCCAUUACUUUAUGGAAUUUCUGACUUUGACGGUCUUCUUCACAUGAAUAACUUUGAAAAGUGGAAACGAAAAAUGAAUGAAAACUUUCUUUAUUUUGUCCCUCAAGAUAUUGGCCACAACAAGCGAGAUAGAGAAAAGCUGGCUAAAAAAUUAAAAAGUUUAUACUUUGGCAGAGAAAGUGUGUCAGAUAAUAAUGUUCUAAAUUUCAUUGAUUUCUUUUCGGAUGUUAUGAUAAAAUACGGAACGAUGAGAUCAGCUAGACUUCAAUUGAGAGCUGGAAACGACAAAGUAUACCUUUAUGACUUUACAUUUGUGGACGAAAGGCAACCAUUCAUUCCACAUACAAAAAUUCGUGGAGCGAUGCAUUGUGCACAAACGGCUGCUGUCUUAGAUUUGCAUAUUGAUGAAGAUAAGUUGUCUGAGGAAUACAAGAGGAUGAAAACUAUUAUGCGAGAACUGUGGGCUAACUUUAUUGCUUACGGAAAUCCCGUGCCAGAUGGAUAUGAUUUUCCAUCAUGGCCUCCUAUGACGUCGAAAUUAUCUUACAUGGUUUUAAAUACUACUUCGGAAUACAAACAUGCAUUCGUUUAUGAAAAAAUGAGGUUUUGGGACGAUAUCGUAAAGAAAUUUUAUAAAUAUCCUUCAGCACCAAAUCCAAAUGUCGAUAAUAGUUAUAUUUUUCCAUGACACAUUUACAGUUAUUCUACUAGAAAAUAUUUUUUACAUUUUGGCUUACAUA